UGUCAUUUCUAUGUAACCUUUAUUUACUAACGUCACCGUUCCAUUACAAUGUCGGGACCGCAAAAUUCUCGUAAAAUGUUUUAGCUAAUAUUCUAAUAUCACCCAAUAGUUACAAAAUUUUCAGUGUAUUCCAUGUGAGUUGAAAGAGAUCGCAAAAUUUUUUAUGUUCGUUUCUCGUGUCAGUGUGACAUGUGCUGUGUUAUACCGCAAUAAAAACUGUUGAUAAAUUGCUCCAAUACGCCGAUAUGCGUUAAGAAUAACGUGAAAGUAUAGAAUUACGGCAUUUCUUUGCACGCAUAGUUACUGUAUACAACAAAAUACUUUUAUUGUAAAACAAGGAAAUAACUUUGCCAGGAUGGUGCAUUUAGUAGCAAUGGAAGUGCUCCCCGAAGAGCGGGAUCGCAAGUAUUACCAAGAGAGGUAUACGUGCUGCCCCCCACCACUGUUUAUCAUCUGCGUUACUCUAUUAGAGCUGGGCGUAUUCGCGUGGUACUCAUGGGGUUCAGGGGGCGUGGCUGCAGCGGCUGGUCCCGUGCCCGUCGACUCUCCCCUGGUGUACCGUCCGGACAGACGCCGCGAACUUUGGAGGUUCUUCACCUAUAGUGUCGUACACGCGGGCUGGCUUCAUCUCGCGUUUAACCUCCUUGUGCAACUUGCGGUGGGUUUGCCGUUAGAAAUGGUUCAUGGCGCAGCGCGUUGUGGUGCUGUUUACUUAGCGGGUGUCCUGGGUGGCUCUUUGGCCGCCUCAGUACUAGACCCCGACGUGUGUCUCGCGGGAGCUUCUGGUGGAGUUUACGCAUUAUUGGCUGCUCACUUGGCGAACGCCUUGCUAAAUUUCCACGCUAUGCGCUAUGGCGCCGUGCGAUUGGUAGCCGCGCUGGCAGUUGCCUCGUGUGACGUCGGCUUUGCCGUUCACGCUAGAUAUACUAAAGAAGCGCCACCCGUAUCUUACGCGGCACACGUAGCAGGUGCUCUAGCAGGGCUGACCAUUGGUCUCCUCGUCCUGAAGCACGCCCAACAGCGUCUAUGGGAACGCUUGCUGUGGUGGGCGGCACUCGGAGCUUACGCGGCUUGUACACUUUUCGCCGUCCUAUACAAUAUAUUUAGCGGGCCCGUAGACGAACUGCACUACAUGCCUCCAGACCCACCACCCGACGUCGCUGGCUUUUGAUCACACAAUACUCAGAAUGGCGCAAACGAUUUCCCGUCCAUAUUAAGAAUAAAUUAAUUUAAGGGCAUCUUAUUAGAGAUGCGUCUAAUCGUAACGAAGAUGUGUAAUUUUUGAUUGAGUAUUAGUGAAGAGUGUUUAGGAUGGGAUGGCUUCGUUUGCGCCAGUUUCGUCGCGGUACCAGUGACCGGUCACAAACGCCUAGUCAAUUUACCUUAGUGUGAUAUGAUAUGAGGGGUGCUGCUGUCCAGCUCUCACGCACCGUCAUUGUUUUCGCUGAUACAAGUUAACACUUGUUAAGCUAUUUUUAUAGUAGGUAAUUGCAGUUUUGUUUCUCCAAAGCCCCCUCGCGAUACUUAAGUGUUAAGUAGUCCUAAUUAUAUAUAGGUGAACUAUUUUUGUACCUAUCAGCGUCCGUAGUAUUAGGUCGAAGGCGUUACCGCAUAUGUUCCCACAUGGCAUGGCGACCGAGCUAGAUUCAAUACAAUACGAGGAUAAUCUAGCCGGCGCCAUUUUGUCAACCCAUCACACCAAAGAUUAGAAUAAAAUGGCGUCCGUACUCCGCUGGUGAAGUUACGUUCUACGUAUGUUUGCUAUGGUCCAAUUUAAUUGCUCAGAAAUUAUCAAGUGAUAUUAACAUUUGAUUGCUCAAUCGCAAUGUUUUCGAUGAUUACGCUCAAUAGUGAGUUUUUUUGUUUUGUGGGAUCAAUAAUUACUUUAUAAGUUUAGGGCGGCGACUGAGCAGAUACUUACAUGUGUAAAUCAGAUUUUUUUUUAUUUUCACCUACUAAAUGUAUUUACUAAAUAAAUAUUUUCAUUGUUUUGAAAUAAGGCAGUUUAAAGUGUCAAGACCCAAUAAUAACUGUUGAUAAAGAAGUCGUCCUCCCGUCUAGCAAUUUCCGUGUACCGGCGUGGUAUGCUUUUAAUAACUCGCUUCACAAGUACAUAGAUUUAUAUAAAUGUGCCUGAUUCCUAUUACUAUAAAAUUGUAUAAUUUUAAUUGUAUUGUAAUCAAAUAAUGUCAGAAACCGACUGAUUUUGUAUAAAUUAUUGCAGAAUGUUUUUGUUUAAUUUAUUUUAAAAUUAUUUUAAGUGCGAAUUGAAAUAAUUAUAAUUAUGUGAUUAUAAAAUAAGAAUACGCAUUAUAAGUGAAUGAUGAAUGAA